CCCCUCGUUGCUUGGAAGUUUCUGCGAUAAAUACACAAAAAAUAACUGAUUAUGAAUCUGUUUUUCCAUCCAUUCAUACAGUAUUCAAUGGCGGCGACUUCUGCAUCAGCGCGUCAUGUGCUUGGAUAGUACGACUUCUAAAUUUGACUGCGCAACAUCAAGCUGGGAUCUAUUCUCCUAUUCCUUGGACAAGAAAAUCGUGUUUACAUUGCGAAUUUCUACAGCAAUACAGACAUUACCAGUCCAACUUACAGAUAUUUCAACUUAAGCCAUCACAGUAUUCAAAGACGCUGGAUGAACUGUUAAUAUUCUUAGCUCAGGUGGCCCAUUGCUAUCCAGAGGAAAUGAAAGAUUUUCCACAGGAUGUGCGAGAUGUGUUACAACGACACUCUUCAACUCUAGACAGGACUAUGAGAAUGACAUUAUGUAAAGCAUUGAUACUGCUGAGAAAUAAAGGUCUUGUUCCUGCGACAAGUGUUCUAGAACUUUUCUUUGAGAUGUUCCGGUGCCAGGACAAACUGCUUCGGAAGACGCUAUAUACAUACAUAGUCAGCGACAUUAGAAAUGUCAACACAAACCACAAAAAUGCUAAACUCAACACAACUCUGCAGAAUUUUAUGUACACCAUGCUGAAGGACAAUAAUCCUGUAGCUGCAAAAAUGUCAUUGGAUGUGAUGAUAGAGUUGUAUAGAAGAAAUAUUUGGAAAGAUGCCAAAACUGUGAAUGUCAUUACUACAGCUUGUUUCUCCAAAGUUACUAAGAUUCUUGUGGCAGCAUUAAAAUUUUUCCUCGGAACAGAUGAGGAUGAGGUGAAGGACAGUGAUAGUGAAGAGGAGGAGGAAACAAAAUCAGCUAAAGAGCUCCUUACAGGACAUAGAGUUGGUAAAAAGACAAAGAAACGUCAGAAGAAGCUUGAUAGAGCCCUUGGAAAUUUAAAGAAAAACAAGAAAAAGAAGAAAAAAGCUGAAUCAUUCAAUUUUUCUGCUCUUCAUUUGAUACAUGAUCCUCAAGGUUUAAGUGAGAAGUUGUUCAGACAGCUGGAAGCCACAACUGAAAGAUUCGAGGUGAAACUGAUGAUGGUAGACUUUGUAUCUAGACUUGUUGGAAUACACCAGUUGUUCCUGUUUAAUUUCUAUCCCUAUAUACAGAGAUUCUUACAACCACAUCAAAGAGAAGUAACAAGGCUGUUGCUGUUUGCUGCGCAGGCUUGUCAUGAAUUAGUUCCCCCAGAGAAUAUAGAUGGAGUUGUUAAGACAAUAGCAAACAAUUUUAUCACAGAUAGAAACUCUGGAGAAGUUAUGGCUGUAGGUUUAAAUGCUAUGAGGGAGAUAUGCUGUCGCUGUCCACUGGCUAUGUCGGAAGAUUUGAUUCAGGAUCUAGCACAGUAUAAAAAUCAUAGAGAUAAAUCUGUAAUGAUGGCAUCUAGAUCACUUAUCCAGUUAUACAGAAAGAUCAAUCCGGAUAUACUACACAGAAAAGACAAGGGAAGACCUACAGAAGCUACUAAAGACUUGAAGGUGUUACAGUAUGCUGAGAAAGACACAAGAACGUACUUACAAGGUACAGAAGCUUUACCAGAUAAGGACGGCAAUGAUGAGGAGGAGGAGGAUAAACAAGAAGGUGAUGGAUGGGAAUCAUGUAGUGAUGAUGAUGAUGACAGUGAUGGAGAGUGGGUAGAUGUUCAUCAUUCUUCUGAUGAGGAGAUGGAUAAUUCAUCAGUACCAGAGAGUAAAGAAGAACAAGAGAAGAAAGCCAUGACGAUAUCUACGUCACGUAUCCUUACACAGGAGGAAUUUAAAAUGUUACAGAAGAGACAAGCUGCCAGAGAGACAGAAGGAAUGAAAUCAGGAGGGAAAAAUAAGAGAAAAAGAGAACAGGAGGAAGAGGAGGAAGAAAGGGGAGAGUUACUGAAGCUGUCUAUGAUAGAGAAUGUACAUAAGAAAAGAAUGCAUGAUAAAGAGUCAAGGCUUGCUACUGUCAUGGCUGGGAGGGAAGAUCGACCUAAGUAUACUCAUGGUCCUCAGAAGAUGAACCCCCAUGCUAGCACUACAAACAGGGAUAAAGCACGAGGCAAAAACUACACCAUGAUCAAACACAAGGUCAUGAAUAGAAAGAAGAAAAGAUCAUUUAGAGAUAAACAGAUCGCAUUAAGAAAUAGCCUGCUCAAGAGACAGAAAAUGAAGAAAUGAAUCAUGCAUUAGCAGCUUGUUUUGUUAUUUGAAUGAAAUAGAAUGAAAUAAAAAAAAAAAUAAAA